UUGUACAAUGAAUAAAUUGUGACCUAAAAUUUCGUGUUUACAUAGAUUGGAAGAUCCCGAAUGCUUUGAGCCUCAACUACCGUCUAACGUCAAUGCUCAACGCCUGCGUACAGAGCUCUUAUCGAAUUAUCGAUUCUGUAGAAUUUAUUAAACAGGACAAUAUAAAUACUGCAGCGUAUGAGAUUGGCUAUGUGAACUUCGUAUCAAUGGAGAAAUAUCGAAAAAUGGUCGACAAAUACAAUACCACUUCAAUAAAUAAAUAUAGGAAUUAUGUCAUUGAGAAUUUAAUGUUUCUUGAAGACAUUGAGGCUUAUUAUUUUGAAAUCGAUCAUCUAAGCGUGUCAUCACACAACGCCACCAAAAAAUCAUUUAACGGUUCCAUAUUUCACGAGCUAUCCUGGCCAGUUAAAAUGAUGGUUAUAAAAGACAAACUGAGAUCUCAGUCAUCUCAGAAUAAUCGUCUGUCGCCUGAACCAAUGCCAAAACGAAGAAUACCAGAGAUCCAGUACUUGGUAUCCGGUAGGAGAGACGACGCAGAGCCAAGAGAUCCGAACGAGGACGACAACAGCAUGAGGCUGAAACUCUUCAGACUGAUGUAUGAGACUAUCAGGGAUAGUGACUUAAAAUGCAAAAGAGCUGAUCUCAUCCGCACUCAUUACAAAAACUCCUCUGUUUUCGAAGUCGGCUACCUAAUGGGAGAUGUAAUGGACAAAUUCAAUAUAAUGUCAGAUAUAUCGAUGACUUUAAAUCGAUUGUUUCAUGAAUGGAAACCAAUUGAGCAUAUAAACGCUUAUGAACAAAUUUCCAAUCAGGCUAUCGAGAUAAAUCAUCUGAUUGAUACUAUGAGGACUAUCAGUCGACGAAAUGAGACGAAGAAGGAUGAAAAGUAUUAAUUCUUUUAAGGCCAAUACUGUACCCACGCUGGCGCGGCGCGUUUUGCGUCUGUAACUGCGAUGAGCGGGAAAACCAAUUUAACAAAGACCGGCAACGCACCUGUGACUCCUCUGAGCUCUGCAUUUGAGGUCCAUGGGCAACGCUGCUGGGGUACUUUUGAAUCUAAUUGCGACCGAUCGACAUACAUACUCUUGAGUUGCAACACUAGAGCCCAUUGCAUCCGUAUUGCGUAUAUAUUGAAUGAACUA